AUGUCACAGCCUUCUAUCAAGUGCCUCUAUGCUCUGAUCCUGGUGUCUCUUGCAGCAUUCACAGCAGGGGGACACCCAUCCUCACCACCCGUAGUGGACACCCUGCAAGGCAAAGUCCUCGGGAAGUAUGUCAGCUUAGAAGGAUUCACACAGCCUGUGGCCGUCUUCCUGGGAGUCCCCUUUGCCAAGCCCCCUCUUGGAUCUCUGAGGUUUGCUCCACCAGAGCCUGCAGAGCCCUGGAGCUUCGUAAAGAACACCACCUCCUACCCUCCUAUGUGCUCCCAAGACCCAGUGGCAGGGCAAAUAGUCAAUGACCUUCUAACUAACAGGAAAGAGAACAUUCCUCUCCAGUUUUCUGAAGACUGUCUCUACCUAAAUAUUUACACUCCUGCUGACUUGACAAAACGUGAUAGACUGCUGGUGAUGGUGUGGAUCCAUGGAGGUGGACUAGUGUUAGGUGGAGCAGCCACCUAUGAUGGACUAGCCCUGUCUACUCAUGAAAAUGUGGUGGUAUUGGUCAUUCAAUACCGUCUGGGUAUUUGGGGAUUCUUCAGCACAGGGGAUGAACACAGCCAGGGCAACUGGGGUCACUUAGACCAGGUGGCUGCACUGCACUGGGUCCAGGACAACAUUGACAACUUUGGGGGGGAUCCAGGCUCUGUGACCAUCUUUGGAGAGUCAGCAGGAGGUUUCAGUGUCUCUGUUCUUGUGUUGUCUCCCUUGGCCAAGAAUCUCUUUCACAAGGCCAUUUCUGAAAGUGGCGUGGCCCUCACUGCAGGCCUGGUCAAGAAGAACACCAGGCCCUUGGCUGAGAAAAUUGCUGUCGUAUCUGGUUAUAAAAACACAACUUCAGCUGCCAUGGUUCACUGCCUUCGCCAGAAGACAGAGGAAGAGCUCUUGGAGACCACACUAAAAUUGAAUCUUUUUUCGCUGGAUUUGCAUGGAGACUCCAGGCAGAGCUAUCCGUUUGUUCCCACUGUGCUUGAUGGAGUGUUGCUGCCAAAGAUGCCUGAGGAGAUCCUGGCUGAGAAGGACUUCAACACUGUGCCCUGCACAAUCAACAAGCAAGAGUUUGGCUGGAUUCUGCCAACAAUGAUGAACUAUCCACCCUCUGAUAUGAAAUUGGACCCAAUGACAGCCACAUCGCUCUUGAAGAAGUCUUCUUUUCUUAACCUUCCUGAAGAAGCAAUUCCAGUGGCCAUUGAGAAGUAUUUAAGAUACACAGAUGACCAAGGCAGAAAUAAAGACCAACUUCUGGAAUUGAUUGGGGAUGUGAUAUUCGGUGUCCCAUCAGUGAUUGUCUCCCGUGGACAUAGAGAUGCUGGAGCCCCACAUACAUUUCAAUACAAGUUUCAAAAAUAUCACCCGAAAUCUACUCUGUCUUUCUCAUCCAAAAUAAAACCAAAGAUCCUGAUCAGUAAUGCACCAAGAGAAAUGAGUCACCCCAGUGUCCCAUUUGAAAACAAAAAUGCCCCUGAUGCUUCGUUCCCCAUCCAUAAUGUGAAUGAGGAUGAGGUCAAGCUGUUUCUGACUAUGAGGUACCCAUCCUCACCACCUGUGGUGAACACUGUUAAAGGCAAAGUCCUGGGGAAGUAUGUCAAUUUGGAAGGAUUUGCACAGCCUGUGGCUGUUUUCCUGGGAAUCCCCUUUGCCAAGCCCCCUCUUGGCUCCUUGAGGUUUGCUCCACCACAGCCUGCAGAGCCUUGGAGCUUUGUGAAGAAUACUACCUCCUACCCACCUAUGUGCUCUCAAGAUGCUGUUGGAGGGCAGGUUCUCUCAGAGCUUUUCACCAACAGGAAGGAAAACAUUCCUUUACAGUUUUCUGAAGACUGCCUCUACCUGAAUGUUUAUACUCCCGCUGACUUGACAAAGAACAGCCGGCUACCAGUGAUGGUGUGGAUCCAUGGAGGUGGACUGGUAGUGGGUGGAGCAUCCACCUAUGAUGGACGGGCCCUCUCUGCCCAUGAAAAUGUGGUGGUGGUGACCAUUCAGUAUCGCCUUGGCAUCUGGGGAUUCUUCAGCACAGGGGAUGAACACAGCCAGGGCAACUGGGGUCACUUGGACCAGCUGGCUGCACUACACUGGGUCCAGGACAAUAUUGCCAACUUUGGGGGCAACCCAGGCUCUGUGACCAUCUUUGGAGAAUCUGCAGGAGGUUUCAGUGUCUCUGUUCUUGUGUUAUCUCCUCUGGCCAAGAACCUCUUCCACAGGGCCAUUUCUGAGAGUGGUGUGUCCCUCAAUACUGCUCUGAUUACAACAGAUAGCAAGCCCAUUGCUGAUGCCAAACUAAAAACUGCAGAAAACUUCCGAACGAUGGCAAUCUGA